AUGUUUUAUAAACAUAAUGAGAAAAAGAGCGAUGAAAUCAUAUUACCCGAUUUCACUGGAAUUAGUUGGCUAGCCGCACAAGCCGAAAACGCAGACAAUGCAGCCGAACAAAAGCGACAACUUGGAAAGAGAGUACGUUAUGGUGAAAUUAUCCAGCUCAAGCAUGGCUUCACCAAGAAGUACAUACACAUGUGCACCUCCCAGACCAGCCAACGAGAUAAAAAUAACAUGAUGAUCAUGUUGCAGGAAUUUAAUGCGAAAAAUGCUCAAUUUCGAAUACUGCCUCAAUACAAAGUGAAAUCCGAAGGAGAAGUGGUUCAAAUUUACGACCAAAUCGUGUUUGAAAGCAUCAAAUCACCCGGACACUACUUUCACGCUAGUCAAUCAUUUCACAUCGACCAUUUUACUUAUGGGUCGGAGGUAAACCUUGGCGUCGAAAGGUCUGGAUUUACUUUGGUUCGCUUUGCAAAAGAAAACCCGGAACUCGCACAUUUUGUUCGAGUUUAUCUGAUGGCGUUUAGUACAAAUGCUGUCAUCACUGACAACUCGGCUACAAACAGGCAACGUUUCUUCCACCAUUAUUGA